UCUGCUUUCCGUUAUCUGGUCACGUGACUUUAAAGUGUGCCACGUUAUAAUGUGUAUUGGAUGUGUAUAACCAGUGUUUUCGUGUAGAUGUUAUAAUGUAGAAUUAAGUGACAGAUGGACUGAGCAUGCGAAGGAUGAAAUAAGUUAUUCAGAAUACAUAUUUUAAGGAACAAACAUGGACGAUGAAGCAGACGAGAGGGAGGAAUGGUACGAGAAUGAUUUACAGUUGGCGGCGGAGCUCGGUAAAGCGUUGUUAGAGAGGAACAGAGACUUGGAAGGGCAGUUGUUCCAAACUCAACAAGUUACUGAGGACCAACAACUAGAAAUUGACUACUUAAACCAUCAACUUGACACACUGCGAGAGUCGAGUGAAGCAAAGAACAAGAUUUAUGAAGAGAUUGAUAAGACGAUACAAGAUCUGGAAAGUCGCAAUCAGAAACACAUUAUUGACAGUAAAGCUGAUAAACAGAAAAUGGACAGACUGGCAGAAACAGUGCGAACUUUGGAAGAAAAGAAUGAAGAACUGUCUAAAAGAGUUGAAGACCUCAAAGCCGCAGAACGUGAGAGAAAGAAGAUGCAGCAACAGCAGAACAAAGACACGCGCCGGGCACGUAGUCUAGCAAACCUCCCGGAUAACAAGGAAAACCUCGAUAUAUGUUACGAGAGGAUUGGUAAUUGGACGUAUAAUGAAAGGUUUAAGAACUCGAAUUUACCGUUGAAUCCGUAUGAAAUUGAGAUUCGAAAUCAACAAGAAAUCAUCAAACGUCAAAAAGCGCAAAAUAUGCUUGAUAAACGCAAGAGGGAGGACUUUGAAACUGAAGUAGCAUUACUAUGGGAGGAAAACACGUCACUAGAAGUGAAAAUUAAGAUUUUAGAAGAGGAUUUAUUGAAAUAUAAGAAAUUACAAGACGAUAUUCAGAAAAUCAAAAUGGAAUCUGGCAAGUACUGUAUUAAUUGCGGAAAAACGCUUGGUGUGUCAAAAAAGAAUAUUCUGCAAACUGAAGUUGAAGACGAUGAACCACAAUUUAAUAGUGAAGGGAAAAUUGUGAAAAUGGAAAGUGGUGGUUCAGUUUAUGGUAGUCGUGAAUCGUUAGACCAGGUUGCUAUGGAAACAAAAGAGACCAUGACUUCAAUUGAUAGUCCGGAGAACCCGGAUGACGCUGGAAUUUCCAUUUUGAACGAGUUAGAACUUCAAUAUCAGUCUUUAUUUAAGAGAUAUGAAAUGUUAUUGCAGAAAGGCAAGCGUCCGAGUAGUCUAUUAUUAGAGGACGAUGAAGAAGCGGAAAGGGAGCUUGAAAAACGUCUGUCCAAUAAAGCAGUGCAGACGACAAUUAAACUGACAAAACCUGGUGAUGAUCUUGAAAAUCCACCAUAUAAGAUGAUAUUCAGAGACAUUUUCGCCACGUUGAAGAAAUCGCGCAUAGAAGAAUCAGGCGAAGCGUCAGUGACGUCACCGGAAAUGCAACACGGCAAAGCGACGCACAGCUCUAGUCCAGUUCCCGACGCCAGAUAAAAAAUCCUUCGAGUUUUUGCUUUUUGCUACUGAUCAAAAUUGGACUUUGAAUUUCAUUUUGAUGAAGUUUUUCGGUGGGAUCAGAAAUUACUCUGACCAAUCUUUAGACAACAGAUACUUUAUCAUAGGAUUUGUUAUGUAUGUCGUUCUGUAUUAAUAUUUGUGCAAUAGUUCUAUAAGCCUGGCUGAGGUUUUUGUCUUUCAUGGUUACAUAGAUAGUUCACUGUCUGUUAACUGUAACUCCGUGUUAUGUUUGUUGUUUUUAUUUUCAUUGAGACUUUAUAACCACCAGAUGCAAGUUUGCUUCAUAUCUAUUCUUUUUGGAUAGAAGUUAAUGCAACAAGAAAUGUCUGUAUAAGUGUUCCACGCUGCUUUGAAUAAAUCUCUACAAGAUCUAAA